UCGUUGUCUCGGCACCUUCGGGAACAUCUCCUUCGCCUUUUGCAAAUGUCUACUUGAUUGGUUUACAAGAGCAGCCAGUGGCGCUACGAUCUUUGAUAACCGCACAACAUGCCUGUGGGAGAUGCCUUCACGCUCGGCCGCACGCUCAUAUAUGCGGCGAACCUCUCGUAUAGUUUGGGUGCCUUUGCCGCGGACUACAACAAGACGCACGUCUACAAUCCCCGAUGGACGCCACACGCAAAGUUCCACAACGGGCAGACGAUGAGCCUCGCAGCAAUGCUAUCGUCUGCUUCAUGCACCCUUGCCUAUCAAUCAACUGGUGUUGAGCCCGACAUAGCCACGACACUCCUAUGGUGGGCUGCGGUAUUUGGGAGCUUCUACUGCGCUUCAGGAUUGAGCGCUAUACUGUACCCCGGCACCGACUGGGCGGACGAGGAGUACAAGCGCAAGGACGGGUUAACGCAGCGACCUAUCUUCUGUACGGUGAUCGCAGUAAUGUGGGUUGGGUAUCUGCUCGAGGUUCGCAAGUAUUGAGAUGCAGCGUUGGAGGUGUGAGGUGG